GCGACUGCUACAGACCCGCAUCUGGACAAACAGAGGCUGUUAUGGGUGACUACGAGUUUCCUCGGUUCUACUCGUUCCCGCCAUUCUUCACACUACAGCCGAAUGAAGAGACACGGGCGAACCAGGUCUCGGCCUGGCGGAACUUUAUCCUUGGCUAUUGCGCGGCACACAACGUGAGCCAGCUGGAGAUCCAGUCGGCGCUCGACUCGCCGCUCUGCCACAACGCCGCCAUCGACCGCAAGCUCUCCGAGGACGCGCUGCGACUGUUCAUCGACGAUCUCGUUGCCACACGCAACGCAGAGUGGCUAACCUCUGACCACACAACGGCACUGAUCAUGCCGGCCACUCCUGAUGAGGUAGCCGCCGCCAUCUACGAUUGGAUCGACACCACCGGCCAGAUCGGCGACGUCCUCACCGUCUACGAGUUGCACUCGGGCGACACCACCGUGGGAACUUCGUUCCACGGCCUUGAUGCUGUCCUCAUCAACCGCGCCCUCGACGUGCUCGCCAGCCAGGGCAAGGCCAAGGUGUUCUCGGCCUCAUCGCCCGAAGACGCAGGCGUCAAGUUCUUCCCUGCAUAGUAGUAGUAACAGCAUUAGCAGUACCAGUC